UCAAGCGGCACGAACUCGUGCGCGCCCGGCGCGCUUUUGCGCCCUGUCCAGGCCAUGUCUGAAGGCGGCGAAGCACAGGGUGGCGAGGCGCAGGGCGAGAGUGGCAGUGGGCCUGGGGUGCAGCAGACGCAGUGGAAGCCGAGUUAUAAGGGCAACAGCUGGGGCAAGGGCUGGGGCAAAGGCUGGGGCGGCUGCAAAGGUGGCCUGAAAGGUGGGAUGAUGAUGGGCAGCAACUUUGGUGGCUAUUGGAAGGGUAAGGGCAAGGGCAAGUUCCAGCAGCGCUGGCCUUCAGGGCCCAACCUGGCGCGCGCGCGGAUCUCCACCGAGCCGGUGACCGGAGAGGUGCUGGAAUGGAAAGGCAAGUAUGGCUGGAUCAAGCCCACCGUUCCGAUCGAACACCACAUGGCGGACCGGCAUAAGGGCCACAUUUACGUCAGCAUGAAUGACCUCCAGGGCGGCCUCGAGGCCUUGACGGUGGGGAGCCUUUGUCAAUUUCAUCUCUUCGAGGAUGCCAGUGGUUUGGGAGCCGAGGAGGUCAUCGGCUCGUGAGGACGGCAAGCCCAUUUCCUCUCAUGAAGCCAGAGCCACCAGAGCCCAAAUCCUGGGACCGGUACGAGCCGAUCGACCGAGCGGAUUGAUCGAUGGAUUUAGCGAACUCUGACGAACGCGACCGAAGAGG